AUGGAGGAAGAGACAACAUCCUCCAGCCUCCUCUGUGGCCUGGGCUCGGAGAGGAAGUCGCGGUGCUGGAAGCGGUGCCUGGCGCCGGCCCAGCCCAGGCAGGGAACCGAGGGCAGUGAUGGCUCCUUUGCUGACGGGCGUCUCUUUGUCUCGCCCCGCAGGCUGGAGGAGGUGCCCCUGGAGGUGCUCAGGCAGCGGGAGUCCAAAUGGCUGGAUAUGCUCAACAACUGGGACAAGUGGAUGGCCAAAAAGCACAAGAAGAUCCGCCUGCGGUGCCAGAAGGGGAUCCCGCCCUCGCUGAGGGGCCGUGCCUGGCAGUACCUCUCCGGGAGCAAAGUCAAACUGGAGCAGAACAUCGGCAAAUUCGAUGAGCUGGAUCUCCUCCCGGGAGACCCCAAGUGGCUGGAUGUGAUUGAGCGAGAUCUCCACCGGCAGUUCCCCUUUCACGAGAUGUUCGUCUCGCGUGGCGGCCACGGGCAGCAGGACCUGUUCCGGGUGCUGAAGGCCUACACGCUGUACCGCCCCGAGGAGGGCUACUGCCAGGCCCAGGCGCCCAUCGCUGCCGUGCUGCUCAUGCACAUGCCGGCCGAGCAAGCGUUCUGGUGCCUGGUGCAGAUCUGCGAGAAGUACCUGCCCGGCUACUACAGCGAGAAGCUGGAGGCCAUCCAGCUGGACGGGCAGAUCCUCUUCUCGCUGCUGCACAAGGUCUCACCAGUGGCCUACAAACAUCUGAGUAAGCAGAAGAUCGACCCCAUCCUGUACAUGACGGAGUGGUUCAUGUGCGCCUUCUCCCGCACGCUGCCCUGGAGCUCCGUGCUGCGUGUCUGGGACAUGUUCUUCUGCGAAGGGGUGAAGAUCAUCUUCCGGGUUGGCCUCGUGCUGCUCAAACACACUCUGGGCUCCUCGGACAAGCUCAAGUCCUGCCAGGGCCAGUACGAGACCAUGGAGAGACUGCGAGCCCUCAGCCCCAAGAUCAUGCAGGAGGCGUUCCUGGUGCAGGAGGUGAGGCCCCGCUCAGGGCGGGGGGACCUGGCACUGGGGUGGGGGGGGCCGGUGGGUGCCCCCUAUCAACGCGGGAAGUCCCCCCCGCGCCUCCACGGCGCCAAGGCCAUCAGCGACGCGGAGCCCCCCACCCGCAAGGCCCUGGAGCCGGUGCCCUCCAUCAUCGUCCCCCCCGGGCCGGCCCCCGUGCCCAAAGCCCGCAAGAGCAAGGAGAAGAGCCGAGACAAGGGCCUGGCUGGCCCCCCCAAUGGCCCCGAGCCUGAGGGCAACGGGGCCGCCAUCCCUUCCCGGGAGCUGCUGCACCCCCAGGUCUCUCCCCACCACCAGUCCAAGGAGAGUCUGAGCUCCCGGGAGAGCGAGGACACGUACUUGUAGGGCCCGCGCGGUGCUGGGCCGCCCCCGGGCAGGCCGGGCUCAGCUGGGCUGUGCAC